AAACGCUAUCAUCGCUUAAAACACCACUGAAUUAAGAGAUUUUCGCCUCUCAUUACAUACCGUUUCUCUCCAAAUAAGUAUUUAUACGUUUUGUUGCCUCGACUUAUAUGUGAUCGAUGUAUUUGAAGUUGUCUGAAAUCUGUUGUAGACGUUGAAAGAAUAGUGAAUAGACAGCGAAAAAACAAAUCUUAAAUCAAAUCAAAAGGCAAACAAAAAAAUAUCUGAAAUCAAAUCAAAGAGAUUGAAAGAAGAAGAAAAAACACAGAGAGAAAGAGUGACAAACAUUUGUACAUUGAUUUGUAUGCAUUGUUUGUAGUGUUUGUCUGUUUUAAUGAUGGAUACAAUGAUGGCAACAGCGCUGAUGACUACUAUGUGAGCGAUGGGUACGUGUCUGAGCGCAGUGGCCAACAGUGAGCGCCGGAAAUGCCAGUUACGGAGCAAAGAGAUUGAUCGCCAACUGUCCGAUGCGGAGCGACAGGAGCGCAAUGUGAUCAAGAUAUUAAUACUGGGCACCGGCGAGUCCGGCAAGAGUACCCUGGUCAAACAAAUGAAGAUCAUUCAUAAUGAUGGCUAUACCAAAGAUGAGAUGCGAGGCUUUAGGGAAUUUGCUCAACAAAUACUGAAUUGCAAUCGAUAUUACGAUGAAUUCACAACAUUAAUACCAAAUGUGGUGACGGCUCUCAAGAGUCUCUGGAAAGAUAAGGGCAUCCGUGAAGGGGUGGCCCGAGGUUUCGAGUACGAGCUCAACGACUCGGCCCUUUAUUUCUUCGAGAACAUGACUCGCAUAACAGCCGAUAAAUACAUACCAAACACGACGGAUGUGUUGCGGUCCCGGGUGCGGACCCACGGCGUGGUGGAGACCGAGUUCAAAGUGGAGAGUCUGGUCAUCCGUAUGUAUGACGUGGGAGGGCAGCGGUCGGAGCGGCGAAAGUGGGCGCAAUGUUUCGACGACGUGCGGGCCCUCCUCUUCGUGGUGGCCAUCAGUGAGUACGACAUGACACUCAUCGAAGACCCCAAUCGGAACCGUUUGCGCGAAUCGUUUCAACUGUUCUCCACAUUUUGCGGAAGCGUUUACUUCAAAUUCACUGCCACUGUAUGUAUGGCCGGGUAUUGGGAGGAUAACUGCCCACAACUCGGGCUAUUGUUUCUUAAUAAACUGGAUCUGUUUCGCGAGAAGAUCCUGUUUACGGAUCGACAGCUCCGGUAUUUUGUGCCCGAGUAUAGGGGCCCCGACCGGGACUGCGACGCCGCCGCCCUUUUCAUUCAGCACAGGUUUGAUACGAUGUAUAACCAAAACAAGCGGGUCUUCUCGCACUUCAUAACCGCCACCGACACCAGUAAUGUGAAGGAAGUGUUUCAAUCAGUCAUACAAACCAUUGUUAAGGAAAACCUGAGACAAUCGACGCUAAUAUAGCAUCGCAACCGAAAGCCGAUACACUAUUUUUAUCUGACAUAUCAUGCAAUUUAAAUGUCAAAAUCAAUUUUCAUAUCAAGUAUAAUAUCAUAAUCAAAAUGCACUUUCAAUGUGUGAAACCCAAUCCC